AUGCCGUUCGCAGAACACCGGAAGAUUCCAACUUCGCUGGUACCUUUGGAAGUCAGCAUAUCCUCGCUGAAAUGGGAGAUGAAUCCUGGCACGAGUGCUGGAAGGCAGACUUUCUUGAUUGACACUCCCGGUUUUGACGACACGAAUCGAUGUGACACGGAGAUCUUGAAGGAAAUCGUAGCCUUUUUGACAAAGCUGUGUGUCCAGAAGAUUCGCGUCACAGGGCUCGUCUACGUACAUCGGAUCACAGACUCUCGAAGGCCAGGCUCAGCUGUCAAAAUCUCGAAGUGUUUCAAAAGCUCUGUGGCCCACAGUGCUUCCCGCAAGUGGCAAGGACUUGGCGGCACUGAAGCACAGGCCGUGAGCGAGGAGCGUGAGGCUGAUCGCACCUUUCGGCAUUUUGAACAGAGGGUGUCGGCCGAAGAACUAUUUCAAUGGUUUCUUAGUCUUCGGCACAAAGUGGUUCUCAACAUUCAGCGAGAGCUUGUCAAUGAUAAACUCACACUGGAUCAGACAGAAGCUGGCAAAUUGCUGCAAGACACUUCCGCUAGGAUCAAAGAGAUGUUUGAAUGGGAAGUACGACAAUUGCAGAUAGCCAUCGAUGAUGCACAUCAAGAGGGCGAUCUUCAAACUGAGAACGAGUUACUGCUACAGCGUAAUGACGCGGAGACUGCUCUCGAGAAAGUCGAUCAAGAUUCCAGAGAUAUGCGUAUCAAUCUGAGACAACUCGAAGCCGAGAAGGGUCCAGAAUAUAUAAUUGGAGUUGAGGAGAUGGAAAGGGAGAGAAAUCUGAACACGACUCCGAAUGUUGCUGCUCUACAGACAAAACUGAAAGAAGUCCAAGAUGAAAUGCAUUUGCUGAGACAAGACUGCCAGCAGAAAGAGAAAGAGCUGCUGCUGCAAGUUGAGGCAAUUCGGAGGCAAGACAGCGCAAAGGCCCAGGACAAGAUUAUACGUUUCGAGGCUGAGUUAAGCCGAGUUAAGGCGCGAUCUCGUGAGCAGACAGACGAAUUAGAAGAUCUUGCGGACCGCUUGGAAGCGGAAAGCCUCUUUCCGAACGGAGCCUCCAGAGUCCUAGAUUUCAUGAUGAGAAAUUUCGCUCCUGUUUCCGGAAAUCGUCAUGAUCUUAGGCUGCAGUAUGUCGAUAAAGGCAGGAUGGUGAUGGCGCCACGGCGUAUCCGGACAGGUGAUUCGAUACAGUCAAUAGGACGUGGUGGAGGCGAUGGUCGACUGAGGUACGGAAGAUGA